AUGUUGAAACGUGGAGCUCAAGGCCCUCAUGGGUCUAAGGAAGACGAGGGUGCUUUCGGGAUGGCCAGUACCCCGGAUGAAAAACCCCACCGGGCAACAGCGGCCCAGUUAGCCAGCAGAAAGAUUAAGGAUGUCCGCAAACGCCGCGCUCCAACUCCCACAACCGGUGGAGGCGCAUCUGAUGCGUCUUCGUUCAACCCUUUUGCAUCCGCGGUCCCGGCCGCGGCAUCAGCACCUACCCAGUCGACUGGGUUCACAUUUGGUCAGACUCAGAGUCAAAGCUUCCCUGGGGCAAGCUCAGGGCCUAGCCAGGGUGGGAUUUUCUCGUCGGGCACUAACGGCCAGGCGAGUGGUCAGGCGUCGUUUGGGUUCAGCGCGGGCCCUACCUCAUUUGGAUCUGCACCGUCAAGCAAUCCUUUUUCUGUAAACACAUCAUUCGGCGGAACUUCCCAGUCAAGUACCAAUGGAUUCAACUUUGGGGGAUUCAAUGCCGGAAACCAAUCCGCUCCGUCGUUCGGUGGAUUCGGAGCACAACAGAACACAAGCACUCCAGCAAAGCCCACCCUAUUUGGGCAGUCUGCCGCACAUAUCACUUCGCCUGCCGAUGACAGCAUGCAAACUUCGCCUGAUACCAAGCCCAAGGGAGCUUCCAUGUUCUCACCGAAGCCAGCCGCAGGUCCCUCAGCACUUAGCAAUCCAUUCUCGAAUCUUUCGGGGCAGAAUGCUUCCAGCAAUCCAUUUGCACCAAAGACAAUUGCAGCUGAGAAACCAGCCGACAAGCCUGCGGAGACCCAGCCUUUCAAGCCACUUUUCGGGUCAACGCCCGCCGCUUCAAAGCCUGCGGAUGCAGAGAAACAGCAGCCGACAGCCAGCAAUCCAUUUGCAAACCUGUCAGGGCAGGCUUCAACCAGCAGCACUAACCUGUUUGCCCCGAAGACAACGGCAGCGGAGCUAAUUCCUGCGAAGCCCGUAGAGGCGGCAAAGCCUUUUGGUGCUCUUUUCGGGUCGACCUCCACUUCUCAGCCCUCGGGGCCUGCUGGCAAUCUGUUUGCGCCCAAGCCAGCGGCAGAAGAGCCGAAGGCAAGCAAUCCGUUUGCGAACCUAUCAGCGCCGAGUUCAUUUGGCGCUUCGUCCUCACCGAAGGUUACAGAGACCGAAAGUUCUGUAAAGGCUGCCGAAGCACAACCGUUCAAGUCCAUGUUCGGUACACCUGCAGCAUCGAAAGUUUUGGAGGCUGGAAAGGAACAGACGGCUGCGCCAGCAUUUGGGAACAUUUUCUCGCCAAAGCCAGCCGCUGAGAACGCAGCUGCAAACCCUGCAGCGGACCAGCCGUUCAAGUCCAUGUUUGGUACACCUGCAGCAUCAAAGGUUUUGGAGGCUGGGAAAGAACAGACUGCUUCGCCGGCAUUUGGCAAUAUGUUCUCGCCAAAACCUGCUGCUGAGAGUACGGGUGGAAAGCCAUCCGAGGACAAGCCGUUCAAGCCCAUGUUUGGAACACCUGUGGCUGAGAAGGAACAAUCAGCAGCGAGUAGUGUUUUUGCACCGAAGGUGACAAGUGAAGGGCAGACUCCUGUACCUGCCAAGACCUCACAAUUCGGCUCAAUGUUCGGGGCGUCUCCUGCACCGUCGAAGUUUGGAGAAGAAAAGACAGCCCAGGUGACACCUAGCAAUCCAUUUGCGACCCUGUCAGGGCAGAACGCGUUCAGUAGUCCAUUCGCGCCAAAGCCGACAGGACAGGCUGCAACGCCCCAAGCACCGAGCACUUCUCUCUUUGGUGCAAGCACAGCAGUUGAGAUCAAUAAAGACAACAACAUCGCAGCAGCUCCGAAUGGCUCAUUGACUAGCCCAUUCACCGCUGGGCCUAAGGUGUCAAAUGAAGCUCAAACGGAAGGUGCGACGAAAACUACCACACCUCAUGUGUCGUUCGCGCAGUCUCCACGCGACAAUAAAAACUCGUCUUGUUUACCUGUCUCCUCUUCCUCUUCCUCUCCUCUCCCCUCUUCCUCCUCAACUUCUACUGUUUCCAACACUUUCACUGCUUCAGACCCUGACAGUCUUUUCCCUCGACCUGAUAAUCCUGUGUCAAUUGAAUAUCCUGUAUCAACUGAAGAUUUUGACGCCAUGCCGCUCAAACGUCUUUUCCCCGAGAAGAAUCGGGAAGAGCUCAGGGAUCGAGCCAACUUGCUCAUGAAGAUUGGCGUCUUGACUGAGUCGUUCAAGCGUGAGGUCGCCAAAUGCGAUCCCAUGACAGAUGAUAUUGACGAAGUCCUCAUUCUUUACGCUGAAAUUCGCCGUGAGCUUGGUGUUCCCAUUGGGUCAACCAACCCUGAAGAAGAUGCCAAACGCCCUGCCACCAACAAACCCGAUGCCCCCAAGAAAGCGACAGAUGGCAACGCGCCUUCUCAGGUUCCUACCCCGCCGGCAUUUGUGCCUCCUGCUCUUAAUGAUAGACGCCCAGCACCUUCUAACGGGCCUUCUGGCGGAUCUACUACUUCCUCCAAGUUCGCGCAAUCAUUCUCCGCUCCGGCUCCGGUAACUACUUCUGCUGGCGCUUCUUCCGCCUCGAUUGCUGGUCCUUCAUCUCCGGCCGCGGUUCCUGUUUCCGCUGCUCCUGUCGCUCCGACUAAGCCUUCUCCUCCCACUGCCAGCCCUGUUGCCACUCUUGCAGCCCCCCCUGCCGUUGGACUUCCCAAGUUUGGCGAUGCAGCCACUUCAACCACUACCUCUGCUAUUGGAGCCCCUAAGUCUGGUGGUGCGGCUACUUCGACCGCCGCCCCUGCUUUCCAAAUUCCCAAGUUUGAUGGUGCGGCCACUUCAACCGCUGCCCCUGCUUUCCAAAUUCCCAAGUUUGAUGGUGCAGCCACUUCAAAUGCUCCCUCUGCUUUCCAAAUGCCCAAGCUCAGUGGCCAAGCUACUGGCGUCAAUUUUGGCGACCAGUUCAAAUCACAGUCGGACAAGACCCUCGCUGAUGCAAAGGCCAUGAGAAAGGCUGCAGAGUUUGACUCCGAUGAGGAGGAUGAGGCAGAGUGGGAGCGCAAAGAUGAGGAACGCCAACGCGCGAAGCGCGCUGAAAUCGAAGCUGCAGCUAAGAAGCGUGCCGUUUUCGUUCCCGGUGUGGGUUUCAAGUUCGCUGAUGAUAACACUGAGGAGCCUGCUACAUCUGCCGCCCCUGCCACCCCUCUACAGGAUGACUCUGCAGGUACUAUCACUCCCACCCCUGAUAUCUUCCCUCCCUUUGUUACUCCCUCGACCGCCGCUUCUACUAGACCAAACGGUACUCCCUCUGUGUCUUCCUCAAAACCCCAACCCCGGUUCCCCACAUCAUCAUCUCCUCAAUCUUCUGAAUUCUCGACUCUCGUUGGAACAGCCCAGCGUUCGCCUGCAGAUGCCGCACUCUUUGGGGGGAAACCUGGAUCCCCGCCUCCUCUCUUCGGUGCAUUUGGUGCGGGUCCUCCUAGCUCCUCUAUCGGCUCAUCGGUUUUCGGAUCAUCCGCUAAGCCGGUCCCAGCCUCGCAGAACAUUUUCGGCGGGCUCAAGCCGACCUCACCGAAACGCAAGACCUCCGCAGAUGAAAGUGACAACGACGAUGAUUCCCCCGCAAAGAAGCCGAUGUCCUCUCAGAACAUUUUCAGCGGGUUCAAGCCAACCUCGCCCAAACGCAAAGCCUCUGUUGAUGGAUGUGACAAUAAUGAAGAUGAUUCCCCCGCAAAAAAGACGAAGCCGUCGCCUCCCCCUUCUUCUGUUGGCGCCAGUAUGUUUGGACGGGUCUCCGCUGCACCGAUGGCUCCUUCGACCAAUUCCUCCCCACUGCCCGUGAUGUCCUCCACUCCCUCGGCCCCUGCUACUGACCCCAUUUCCACCUCCACUGAAGAUGAGGACGGCGAACCCGGUGAAAUUUUCGAUCUGACAAAGGGCAACGGCGGCGAAGAAGAAGAAACUGUUGUGUUUGAAGACAAAUCCCGGGUUUUCAAACUUGAGGAUAAGUGGUACGCCAAAGGAACCGGUCCCGUCCGCCUUCUGAAGCACCCUGUUACUGGACGUGCGCGGAUUGUUGCCCGUGCCGACCCGAGUGGAAAUGUCACCUUGAAUAUUCUCCUGAAGAAAGAGUUUGACUACAAGCUCACCACCAACAGUGUCCAGUUCCUGGUCCCCAACGAGACUGGGGAACUCAAACAUUGGGCCGUUCGAGUGAAGGGUGAGAGACUGCAAGAGUUCCACCAGCUGAUCAACGAGAUCAAGAACUAG